UAUAGAAAUUACCAUAGAUUAAUGUUGAAUGCAUUUGCUGAUUUCGUUCACUCAAUUGACUCAAAUAUAAAGAGUGACUUUGUAUCCUCCUUCAAAACAAGAAACUUGAGUAUGUCAUGGAAGAGCAAUAAGAACAAACAUGAUUGUGGAGUGUUCCUGUUGAAGCACAUGGAAACAUAUGAAGGAGAAUCUGUAAAACAAUGGAAUUCGGGACUAGAAUUAGACAAUUUUGACCAAAUGAAAAAAUUAAGAGUGGAGUAUUGUGGGAAGAUAAUAACAGCAGAAGUAAAUGAAGAACGGAACAAAGUGAUUAGGAGAUCAAAAAAGUGGUCAAAGGAGAACAAAAUGGAUAUAUGAUUGUUAAGAUCUUAAGUUUAUAUUUGUAGAGAGAUAUUUGCAAAGAAUAUAACAGUAAUUUUUUAUGUUCUAUGUAUUUACCUGUUACAAGAAAUAUAUUGUUGAAUCAUAUUAAAUGCUAAAAUUUUAA